AUGUCAGGAACCAUAUUCUUCUGGAUAAGCCCCUGGCCCUCGUACCGCUCAGAACCUGCAUUAAACAAACUUCUCUUGUUUUCAUUGUCGUCGUCUCCGUAGUUACCGAGCCAGUAUUCCGCAGCACCUGCACGGCAGCCGAGUGCUCCCCCCCCCACCGCUCCCAAGCCCUCCCUCUCCUUCCUCCCCCCUCCAGAGAUGGGAGACAAGCCCCCUCCGGCGCCCUGGGCGGAGGAGCUUAAAGCCAGAACCAACCGAAACCAAGCCAAUCACAGUGCGUCUGCCGCUCCUGUGCCCACCCCCGCCGCACAGCCAUUGGCUAAAGGCCCGAGUGGCGCUCCCAAGAGUGGUUCCCUUCCUGUCAAUCAAACCGGGACGGGGUUUGGGGUCCGAAUGGCAGCCCCGGUGGCGCCGAAGCCGAACAAGAACCACAUCCCUGCCCCGUUCGGCACAGCCUCACCUGACGCCCCUGCCCCCGCCCCUAAACCCUCCCCCACAGCCAGCUCCUCCCCUGCCCCCGCCCCUAAACCCAGCCCCACAGCCAGCUCCUCCCCUCCAGCUCCUUCCCUCCCCCCCCCACCCCCACCCCCUGGGCCUCCGACCAGCACAGUGGCUCCCCCUGCCUUCAAUCACUUAAAGAAGUCUCCCAUUGGCAGCCUGGAAAACGUGAACCCGCCUCCUGCCCAAGGCCCGCCUCCUCAGCCUAAGAUGAUGACAUCACCACCCUCCUCUUUCAACCAGGCCAUUAAAUCUCCCUCUCCAUCAAAGCCCUCCCCGCCUGGCCCAGUGGCCAUCCCAGGUGGUGGGGUUCCCCUCUCCAUGAGAGAGGUGGAGGAGCUGGAGAGAAUGACCAACGACUUCAUCAAAGAUAUGGACACGCAUGCUCCUGUCAUCACGUCAGCACCCACAGAGGUGUGUGGUAAGUGUAAGGAGUCCUUGUCGCGCACCCAGCCGGCCGUGCGAGCCAUGGCCAAGCUCUUCCACUCAGACUGCUUCUGCUGCCUGAGCUGUCAGCGCCCCCUGCAGGGCAUGCAGUUCUACGAGAAGGACGGGACCCCAGAGUGUGAGGACUGCUACGUGAGUUCCCUGGCGGUGUGCUCUCGCUGUGGGGAGAAGAUCACAGACCGCGUGCUGAAGGCGGUGGGCCAGUGUUUCCACGCACACUGCUUCCGCUGCAGCACCUGCUCCUGCAGCCUGGAGGGGGCGCCCUUCAUCACCGACGACAACAACAACCCAUACUGUGUCCAGGAUUAUCACAGGCGGUUCUCUCCCCUGUGUGUGAGCUGUAACGAGCCCAUCGUUCCUGCCCCGGGAAGCGAGGAGACCGUCAGAGUCGUGGCCCUCGACAAGAACUUCCAUCUCAAGUGUUACCGGUGUGAGGACUGCUCCCGCCCCCUCUCCAUAGAGGCGGAUGCAGACGGCUGCUACCCAUUGGACGGCAAGAUACUGUGCAUGAAAUGCCACACCCACCGAGCCAAGCAGGCCAUGCACUGAUUGGGUGGAAAACAACCGUUACUACAGAAACCAAUCCAAAGCACAGCAGCCCUUCAUUUCCCUUCAUGUCUUUGCAACAGGGCUUUACAUGUGCGCACGUGAGUGUUAAUGAGGUAGAGGACGUUUGUAUCGAGUUGUCCGGUGGUAUUGUUCCUCUUCUGUCUCUCUCUCUCCAUCUCCCCUCCUUCAAUGCAGAGGUAAUGUACUGCACUGAUGUACACUCGUCUCCUCUCGCUCGCUCCCUCUCUCUUCCUCCUGUCCAUCCAACUCCCCCCUUCCCUUCCUCCCUCCCUCCUCACCUCUUCGCUGGCCUUGUUCGCGAGCCUGAGUUAGAUCUCACGGCCGCUCUGUGUUUACGCUGAAUCUCCCCCAGCAUGACUUGCACAAACACAUCUUUGUCAUGGGCUCGGUCUCACCAGUCCAAAAUGGCCGCCCUCCCUCGUCACCUUUGUGCCCUCCUGACCUCUGAACUCUGACCUGAAGAAUGUUCUGUCUGACGUCACAAAGGGGACGGGGGGAUGAUGGCUGUUAUAGACUGAACAGUGAUUGUGUGACACUGAUCUGAGGUCAGUUUUCUAUUGACUCGGAUCGUGAUGGUUGAGACAUAGGGGAAGUUUAGCUGAUCUUAAGUCAGUGCCUAACAGCCUCCUUUUCCAGCUUUAUGGGGUGUCUAAGUAGACAUGAGUCGAUAGAGGUUUUAAGGUGGACUGAUGUAGACAUGUGGUUUUAAGGUGGACUUACGCCCCCCUGUAGCUCCCAGAUCUGCACUGGUGGGCUGGCAGUACCUUAAGCACAACAGGAGUUGUAGUGCCUGCGAGCAAACAAGUUGCUUAACAGCCUUUAGUGUGCUUUCUUCAGAACUAUACAUCCCAUCGGGCAUUGCACGUUUUCAGAGCAGUGCAGUAUGGGAAAUGUAGUUCCCCUAGGGCUAACACUUUAGUGCAAAAAAACUAAACAAAAUGUGUGGAAAAACGUUGCUCUUUUUCAUUUGUGGUAUGACCUUGUGACUUCAUAGGCAUGUAACACAAACAGAUCUCUGAUAGUCUUGUUCCAUUUGAUCAUGCAAAAUCUAAAUGAAAUAAAUAAAAUAGUCAUUGUGAAAAUAAUUUGAAGUGUAAAAGCGAAUUUCAACCUAGUGUGUAAUUUAGUGGCAUGCUGCUAAGAACAAAAGAGACAGGGUGUUGUGCCAAACACAGAUUCCAUUCCAGUGAUCUCAGAAAGGAGCAUAGCUGAAUGAAAGCAGAGUAACAGUGUACAAUAUGGUGUUUCUUGUUCAAACGUUUUACAGAAAGACGUGUCUUGGUGUCUCAGUCAUUCACUGUGACUGCAAACAAUUUACAGCACUGGAAAACAUUGAGAGACCUCUGCACCUUUUGCUUUCAUAAAAUUAAAAAUACAAUAAAAAUAAAAAAAACGUUGAGAAGGACAGUUUUGAGUGAGGAACAAAAGGGUGAAAUUUAAAAAGCCACUGCAAAUUUGACCCAUCUGUUCCUCACUUAAAAUGAUCCUUCUCAACUUAAAAAAAAAAAAUGAAGAGAAAAGGUGCUGUGGUUUCAAUGUGUUCCAGAGCUGAAUCGAGCUGUUUCAGUAAGGUUGAUACAGAAUGUUGCUACUUUAAGUGUAAGUACACACCCUCCAACUGUAAAUGCUUUGUGUUAUUUCUUUUUGCUGUCGUAGCUCUCUGAACAAUGCUCUAAACCUGAAAUGAACAAGGAUUCUAAGUAUUAUAGCCACACACGUAUAAAACCAAUCAGCCACUACAGAGAGCAGGAACGUAAUAGCAGCUUCAGAUGCUUCUGCAAAGUACAGGUUACUGACUGAAGGGUCAUGUGAAAACACCUAAUACUGCAGGCCUUUAGUGUUCACACUUCCUAUUCCUUUUACGUGGCAUUCACUUAAAAACUUUUUUUUACAUCUCUUUCAUUUGGUGUGUGUGUGUUGUACCUGGUAUAUCAGUCUUCAAUGAAUACCACUAUUUUGCCAUAACUCUUCUAGUGUAUAAUAGUGUCUUGGUAUUUGUUAUAUUUUGAAUUAUUCUACUUAUAAUCUUCCAGUACUGUGUUACAUCGAUUAUGACUCUUUUGACUUUGUUGGUUUGCAUGCGGUCCUUUUCCAAGAUAAUAUCCCACUGUUGUCUUUAGGUUGGUGUUACCCAUAGCAACACUCCUUCCCACAAACACAUUUGUUCUUAUGAAUUUGACCACCGCCUUGCACAACAGUUAAACAAAAACCAACACGACAUCCAAAACCAGGUGGCCAGAUGUGACUCGGCAUGUAAGCUGUGAUGAUGAUGAUGUUUAUGUUUAUGUUCUUCAAUCUUAAGUAUUAUCUCUGUUUUUUUAUUUGCACAAACUAUUUCUCCCUUGUGACCAUGCCUCCAUCACCAGUGCUCAGUAUGACAGUGAUGAUGAUAAUGCCUUCUCCAUUUUCCUCCCACAUUAAUUUAAUUGUCAUGUAUGAUUAUUGCCUUGUUUUUUCAUAAUGUUCUUAUAUAAAUCCCUCAAUUAUGAUAGUGUGACAGUGUACAGUAUAUGUUCCAAAACAUGCAAACAUUAUUGACCUUAUGUUUGUUUCUCUUCUCAUUUUACUGUACUCAAAAUAAUAAACAAAUUGCUAAUUGCCAAAA